AUAUUAUAUAAUAUUAUUAUCGUUUUGUCUUCAACAAAUGGGUGAAAACUCAUUAAUAACAGUUUUUUUUGCCUUUUUUAACGAGGUAUCCUUAGGGCUUUGCUAAUAUUCGUUCAAUAUUAAUCUCAAUUUCAGGCUACAUCGCACAAACGGUUUUUACUGUAGAAUUACUCGUGCGAUAGUAUAGGUUGUUUUCGAUAAAUGAAUUCGCAUUCGUUUUUCCAAAGGCUGCCGAAUAUUUAUUGAUAAAAAAUUGUCUCUACAAAAGCUACUACUACUACUAGUUACUAUUGAAACGUUGUUGGAGGCAAAUUUCGUUUCUAUCUCAUAUUUAAAAACAAUGGUCUUGUUAUACACUAGCACCGUGGUCGAUCCGCCUGUCACGCUUAUUCGAGGUGCCGACAGCAAUGAAAACGACGAGUUGAUUGACAAUAUGUUGCCCGAAGACGUAUGGUUCCAUGUAGAGGACUUGUCUUCAGCUCACGUUUACUUACGAUUAAAAGAGAAACAAACUCUCGACGAUAUUCCUGAAAAGUUAUUAGAAGACGCUUGUCAGUUAGUGAAAGCAAACAGUAUAAAAGGAUGUAAAAUGAACGAAGUGGUCGUUAUUUACACAAUGUGGUCGAAUUUAAAAAAAAUAUCUGGAAUGAAAUCUGGAGAAGUGUCGUUUAACAAUCCUAGUGCCGUCAGAAAGAAGACUACUAAAAAGGACAAGGCUAUAGUAAAUAGGCUUAGUAAAACGGAAAAGAGCGGCGUGAAAAUGGACUACGAAGGCGAUAGAGAGGCGAGAGAACGUCGAGAGAUCGAUAGGAAAAAAGCAGAAAAUAAAAUUCAACUGGAAAAUAAACGCGCCGAAGAAAAACGUAACCGUGAAGCGUCCGAACUAAGGUCUUAUACGUCUUUAAUGAAGAGCGAAAAUAUGACGGCAAACACGGAUUAUUCGGGCUACGAUUCCGACGAUUUCAUGUGAUGUUAUAUUGUUAAGAUAAUAUUAUUUCAAGUCUAUUAAAGGCAAUUACUACGUAUGCUCUCA